CCCGGCCCGCCAGGGAGGAAGGGAAGGGGAGCGGGCUGUGCUGUUGCCCUUUUAAGCGAGCGAGCGGGUACAGGAGGCCGGUACAAAGGGAGCUCCGCCGUGCCCCGCCGGCUGGGGCUGCCCCGGCCCCGCCAUCUUCCGUCCCGCAGGCGCGGCCGGGGCCAGGGUCGGGCCGGCUGAGUCGGAGGGAGGCGGUGGCAGCACAGGCCCGGGCCCGGAGAUGAGGCCAGGAUGUCGGUGUCAGGGCUCAAGGCCGAGCUGAAGUUCCUCGAGUCGAUCUUCGACAAGGACCACGAGCGCUUCCGCAUCGUCUCCUGGAAGCUGGACGAGCUCCACUGCCAGUUUGUGCUCCUGCCGCCGCCGCCGGGCUCCAGCCCGCAGCCGCCGCCGCCGCUCACUAUCCACUGCAACAUCACGGAAUCUUACCCCUCUUCAUCACCAAUAUGGUUUGUAGAAUCAGAUGACCCAAACCUGACUUCAGUCUUAGAACGUUUAGAAGAUAUUAAGAAGAGCAAUACUCUGCUUCUUCAGCAGCUGAAGCGAUUAAUAUGUGACCUCUGCAGAUUAUAUAAUCUUCCUCAGCAUCCAGAUGUUGAAAUGUUAGAUCAGCCAUUGCCAGCUGGACAGAAUGGAACAACAGAAGAAGUUACAUCAGAGGAGGAGGAGGAAGAAGAUAUGGGUGAAGACAUUGAAGAUCUGGAUCACUAUGAUAUGAAGGAGGAGGAACCAGCUGAUGGGAAGAAAUCUGAGGAUGAAGGCAUUGAAAAAGAGAACCUUGCAAUCUUAGAAAAAAUCAGAAAAAAUCAAAGGCAAGAUCACUUAAAUGGUGCAGUCUCUGGGUCAGUUCAGGCUUCAGAUCGACUUAUGAAAGAACUCAGGGAUAUAUAUAGAUCACAGAGUUAUAAAACAGGGAUAUAUUCAGUGGAACUGGUGAAUGACAGCUUGUAUGAAUGGCAUGUUAAGCUUCUCAAGGUUGAUCCUGAUAGCCCACUGCAUAGUGAUCUUCAGGUCUUAAAAGAAAAAGAAGGUGUAGAAUACAUUUUACUCAACUUCUCUUUUAAGGAUAACUUCCCUUUUGAUCCUCCCUUUGUGCGAGUGGUGUCUCCUGUGCUCACAGGAGGGUAUGUCCUAGGUGGAGGUGCUUUAUGCAUGGAACUUCUCACUAAACAGGGCUGGAGCAGUGCCUACUCAAUAGAAUCAGUCAUCAUGCAGAUCAAUGCCACUUUAGUCAAAGGAAAAGCCAGAGUACAGUUUGGAGCCAAUAAGAAUCAAUAUAAUCUAGCAAGAGCACAGCAGUCCUAUAAGUCGCUAGUACAAAUACAUGAGAAAAAUGGCUGGUACACUCCUCCAAAAGAAGAUGGCUAAUGCUGAGGACAGUUGUAUACCUGGACCAAUGUCAACAAAACAAGCUCUUUUUUAUGUUUUCCAACACACAGACUCAAGCUAUGAGUGCCCCUAUAACAGCUGAACCGAGGACUUUAGCUAUUAGAUAAAUUAGUGGAUAAUCUGUCAACUGACACGUGCAGUAUAAGUUACAGCCUUACCAUUCUGCCCUUCUUAGGCAUCUGGACUGAGCAGUUUGGGCCUUUACCAUAUUUGUUCUUAUGGAUUAAGCAGAUUUGAGCCGUGCCCUCCCUUCUCCCUUUUUUUAUUUGAAAACAUAAGCUCUCCCUGCAGCAGGCUAUCAAUUUACUAAAGCUCAUACAAUAGGAGUGAGUUGUUCACACACUUCUGUGUAUUUCCUACUUUUUGCAAAAUGCAGACUUCAGACACUUGCAUUUUAUUGUUUAAUUUAAAGCCAAGAAGUUUAAUACAUUGUUUAAAUCUGUUUUAGAAAAUGUCAGGUCUUGCAAAUCACAGUAGUUUUUCUGGUCUAAAAUGACAGCGUUUGUAGUAUUUUCCAAAUUAAUGAUAUAGGAAAAACACAUGUAUGUUAAGUCAUUAAACAUUUUUCAUGGCUGUAUGA